AUGCCAGCCUAUCACUCGACGUUCUUGGCAGACGAGUCGCAAGAUACCAGACUUGUGGGCAAUUUCGCAGUGUUGCCACUUAGAACAAAAUACAAAGGACCAGCAUUUCCUGCCUCGUCCGAUUACGACAUCAUUGACGAGGUUCUGGACCUGUUUAGGGCCAACUCGUUUUUCAAGAACUUUGAGAUCAAGGGUCCUGCCGAUAGAACUCUAAUUUACGGAAUUCUGUUUGUUUCGCAGUGUUUGAACGCCCUCAAUGCCUCAACUACGCAGAACGAGGCUGUUCGCGUUUUGACCAAUUUGGCUCUGGACAACUUUUCAAUUCCCGGCGAGAUUGGUUUCCCGCUGAACUCUCUUUACCAGCCGCCAAGAGACAAGAACGAGGCGUUGUUUCUGAGACAAUACCUAGCUCAAUUCAGACAGGAACUGGCAAACCGUCUAAUUGCUCGCAUUUAUCAAGAUAGCAACCUGCCAAGCAAGUACUGGCUGGCCUUUACUAGACGCAAGUUCAUGAAUAAGAGUUUGUAA